AGGGCAGAAGAAAAGCGACUGCAGUUUAGGAGGGGUGUGAGUGUGUUAUUGUAUGUGUGUGUCUUGUGUGCAUAUGUGUGUGUGUGUAUCGCUCGGCUUUAAGACGCUGUCAUGGCAGUGCAGUGUGCCAGAUGUGUGUGUCACUAGCUCGCCUCUGGUCAGAUAGUUAGGACUCGUUGUACAGCGCGGAGGCUCUCAUAUCGCCUGGUGGCUUUCGAACCGAAAUCCACGGGCAGACCAACGUCGUCUGCGCACGCACCUUUCUCUUAACGGAGGAUUACGCUCAUCAUUGGAGACAAGAGUGAUCGCUGUGUGUUUGCUGUGCUUGUUGAACAGGCUCCGUGUCUCCCUGCUGAAGGAAAUGGCGAGUCGGGAGAGGGAGAGAGGCGCGCGCCGGCUCCACAGCGCAGGAAACCGGAGCUGAACACACGCGCGCGGGCGCCCUGUAGCUUCUCGACCCGCUUCUCCAGCUGAUUAUUAUUAUUUUUUUAAAUUCUGUUUCCUUCUAUCAAAACGACGCUCCAGGGAGCGGAUUUUACCACAGAGGAUUCUUCUUACCUUCAAAAGUUGUUGUUGUUUUUUUUUUUUUUUUGUAUUUUUUUAUUUAAAAAAUAACUAACCACAAGGACGCGAGGAUGCAUGUUGGAUUAGCGCUGAUCCUCUUAACGGGAAUCUUUGUGAAAGCAAGAGCUCUCGAACCUGGUGCAGACCAAUGUGGGGAAAACAUUCGGAUCACCAGUGCCAACUACCUGACCUCCCCGGGAUACCCGGCCUCAUACGUGCCGUCGCAGAGAUGUGUGUGGGUGAUCUCAGCUCCAGCACCGCACCAGCGCAUCCUCAUCAACUUCAACCCGCACUUCGACCUGGAGGACCGCGAGUGCAAAUACGACUAUGUAGAAGUGAGGGAUGGCAUGGAUGAGAGCGGUCAGCUGGUGGGCAAGUACUGUGGGAAAAUCGCUCCUUCUCCUGUAGUGUCCUCCGGUAACCAACUCUUCAUCAAGUUUGUGUCAGACUAUGAGACACACGGCGCUGGCUUCUCCAUCCGUUACGAGAUUUUCAAAUCAGGUCCAGAAUGCUCGAGAAACUUCACCUCUAAGAGUGGAUACAUCAAGUCACCUGGCUUCCCAGAGAAGUAUCCCAAUAACCUGGACUGCACAUUUAUGAUCUUCGCCCCAAAAAUGUCUGAAAUUAUCCUGGAGUUUGAGAGCUUUGAGCUGGAACCUGACACCCAGCCAACCACAGGGGUCUUCUGUCGUUAUGACCGUGUGGAGAUCUGGGAUGGAUUCCCUGGAGUUGGCCCGUACAUUGGCCGCUAUUGUGGGCAGAAAUCUCCGGGCCGAAUUAUCUCCUACACCGGAAUAUUGGCAUUGACAAUCAACACGGACAGCGCUAUCGCUAAGGAAGGCUUCUCUGCUAACUUCACUGUAGUGGAGAGAACUGUACCUGAGGACUUUGACUGCAUGGAGCCAUUGGGUGUCGAGUCCGGCGAGAUUCCCUCAGAGCAGAUUGAGGCUUCGUCGGAGUAUAAUCCCAGCUGGUCUGCACAGCGUUCCAGACUCAAUAACUACGAAAAUGGCUGGACACCAAUGGAAGACUCCAACAAAGAGUGGAUUCAGGUUGAUCUGGGUUUCCUGCGUUUCGUCUCAGCCAUCGGGACUCAGGGCGCUAUCUCUCAGGAGACCAAUAAAAAGUACUUUGUGAAGUCCUACAAAGUGGACGUGAGCUCCAACGGGGAAGACUGGAUCACACUGAAGGAAGGAUCCAAACAAAAGGUUUUCCUCGGCAACACCAACCCUACAGAUGUCGUGAAGACCUUGCUGCCCAAACCCACGCUAACACGCUUCGUCCGGAUUCGACCCUACAUGUGGGAGACGGGAAUUGCUCUGCGCUUCGAAGUGUACGGCUGUAAGAUCUCAGAAUACCCAUGUUCAGGCAUGCUUGGAAUGGUCUCGGGCCUGAUCACCGAUGAGCAGAUCACAGCUUCCUCACACACGGACCGCAGUUGGGUGCCGGAGAACGCUCGUUUACUGACCAGCCGCUCAGGAUGGACUCUACUGCCCCAACCUCAAUCAUACAUGGACGAAUGGCUCCAGGUGGACCUGGGUCAGGAGAAACUUGUGCGUGGACUGAUCAUCCAGGGAGGGAAGCACCGUGAGAACAAGGUCUUUAUGAAGAAGUUCCGUCUGGCCUACAGCAACAACAGCUCUGACUGGAAGAUGGUGAUGGAAGCCAACAGCAACAAACCCAAGCUUUUCGAGGGAAAUUUGAACUACGAUACACCAGUAUUGAGGACAGUGGAGCCCAUCUUGACACGCUUUAUAAGAGUUUAUCCAGACAGAGGUACACCAGUAGGCAUGGGGCUGAGACUAGAGCUGCUGGGCUGUGAGUUUAAAGCACCCACGGUGCCUCCCACUUUGCCCGUCCCUCCGACCACACCAUCCGACGAGUGUGACGAUGAUGCCAACUGUCACAGUGGAACAGGUGAUGACUACGAACAUACAGGUGGCACUACUGUUCCUGAGACCACUACAGAUAUGAGCCCAUUACCAGCUUUCUUGUGGUUUGCGUGUGACUUUGGCUGGGCGAACAACCCCUCGUUCUGUGGCUGGACGUCUGAGGCCGGCAGCUAUCGGUGGCAGAUUCAGUCCAGUGGCACGCCCACACUAAAUACAGGCCCCAACAUGGACCACACAGGUGGCUCUGGAAACUUCAUCUACACCCUAGCAACUGGAGCACAAAAGAAAGAAGUGGCACAGCUUGUCAGUCCAGCAGUUUUGGGUCAGGAGUCAGAUCUGUGCUUCUCCUUCUGGUAUCACAUGUUUGGCUCACACAUUGGUACACUGCACAUCAAGCAGCGUCAUAAGAGCGGCAGUGAAACAGCAGAUGUGCUUCUCUGGACCGUCAGCGGACAUCAGGGCAACCGCUGGAGGGAGGCUCGUGUGCUGAUCCCACAUUCAAGCAAACCAUUCCAGAUGGUGAUAGAAGGUGUAGUGGAAGGACAGAGCUUGGGAGACAUUGCUGUGGACGACAUUAAAAUCUUGGAAAUCAACACAGCGGACUGCAAAGACCCAGAUGUCCCUACAGAGCCCAUGCUACCUGAAGACUUCAGUAAAUUCCCUGUGGACAUCACCAACUUCCCGAAGAUUGUCGAGAACAAAGAGAUCAGUGGAACAGGAAACAUGCUGAAUACUCUGGAUCCCAUCCUGAUUACCAUCAUCGCCAUGAGCGCGCUGGGCGUCUUCUUAGGUGCCAUCUGUGGAGUGGUGCUUUACUGCACCUGCUCACACGGCUCCAUGGCCGACAGGAACUUAUCCGCCCUGGAGAACUAUAACUUUGAGCUGGUGGAUGGUGUCAAGCUAAAGAAGGACAAGCUCAAUUCACAGAACUCGUACUCAGAAGCAUGAGGCACCAAUCUAUCAGAGGACACCUCUCCUUGGGGAGGCGGGCUUAAAAAAAAAAAAAAAACUGACGGCACUCUACCAUUGGAUGAGGAUAAACCUCUGAGGUUCAGAGAACCAAUGGGAGGAGAACUGGGACUGAGCCGUGCUUUUCUCAGGAGCUGCAGUGAACAUAACCUACCAGUAGGGGACACUGUGUACAAAAAAAUUAAAUUUGAGGUUGAAGGACAUGAAAAAACAAACAAACAAACAAAAAAGAAUAUGUACAGAGGAUUUAGAUGAUUAUUUUAAUUUUUUUAUUUUAUUGUUUUUUAUUAUUUUUAGUUGCUCAUUUUUACAAUCGGAUGCUGGUGUUGAGACCAAUAUAUGAAAAUGUUAUACGUAUUUAUCUUUUUUUUCUGGAAGGAAAAAAAAAACAUUUUUAAUUUUUUUGUGUUUAAAGGAGAUGUGUUAAAAAAAUCCAAAAUGAACCAUGUCUGUUAACCCAUAAUGGGACACGUAUCUGAGGGUGUGGUUCAGUCAGUGCCUUUGGUACAUCUUUCUUGGCCUCAUUUGUUGAUUUGUAAAAUUUUCUUUAAUCCCCUUAGUUCUGGAACAAACAAAGACAAACACAUACAAACGACGGAAGAAAAAAGGAAAAAAUAACAUGUUGGUCACAUGACCCUGCAAACAUGAUCCCGUUUAUUCAUUGCGCUUUAAUGUUGAGAGCCCACAUAUUGUACAUACAGUAAGUUUUAAUAUAUUUUAAUGCCCUUUUAAAAGAAAAUGAGUAAAAAGGACAAAAAAAGAAGCUGCAGUAUCCCUUUUUUCUUUGGUGUUGUAAAUACAAUCGUCUGACUGUUUCGUGAAGGUGAAAACGUGUGCUUUUCCGUCAUGUUUGGUUACUUUAUCCCAUUUCCCAGAAAUGCAGCUAAUGUGUUAAACGCUGAUGGUUCACACACAUGAACACAUAUACAAACACACACACAGACACUCUCUCCGCAUUCUCCGACAAGUCACACGCUCCAUUGAUCGUCGAUGAGGUUCCAUAGUGCUUACACUUCACUAACAUUUUACAGACAUUUCCAAUUUACAUCUGUCCACAUGUUUGUGCACAUGUCAGCCACACGGGAUCAUUUGGACUUUAGAUCUUAAGGCUAAAACAAUCAGGUGUAACAUGACUUCUUCUUUCUGUUUGCCAUCAUGUCAGAAAAGAACCAAUCUUCAAUAUCACCAUCAUCUUCAUCAUCAUCGCUUCGGCCAUAUCUCCUGCAUUUAAAAUCACCUUGAAUGCACUUUGUCACCAUCUGUCUUGCGUUAAACUGGGAUGUGUUUAAGAAUGGUGCUCUCAGUUUUGUGUUUGGUGAACCAUCCUAGCACAUCUCUCAUCGCUAGCCUUGUUUUCUGAACUUCGCUCAUCCUCCUCAUCCUCGUUGAUGUCACACAUGGUUGAUUGGUGUAACGAUAUCAUCACAUAAGCAUGAUAUUUAAUACAGGAAUCAUCACUUUGGCUCUUGCGUCUGUACCAAAGGACUGUUGCGUCAAAUCACACAAGGUGCAUCAAACAGAGCAUGUGCAUCAGCUCAGCUUUGUAUAUGGACUUAAUAAAAAAAGAACAGCAUAUGAAGGACUGACUCAAUAUAUAAAACAUGUAAUACUGGCUUGUCAUUCAACAUCAUGCAAUGAUAUAAAACCUAAGAGCUUCAUAUCACAUGUAGUAUAACCUAGCGCACUCCACCUCAUUCCCUUUCUCUCUCACACACACACACACACCUAAACUGACUCAUAUUUUAAAGGUUUCUUGGUAUGUUUCUGUGCUGUGCUGUGUUCUGUGACAAACACGUUCUCUAUUCAUUUAUCUCCAGUAGUUUGCAAUGCCAUGACCCCGUUUCUCAAUGCUACAUGAGGGUUAGCUAAAGGCGGACUAGCUUCAGUAAGGUUUAAUGAAGAAAGCAUACUGUAGCAUCAAGAAAAAAAGAAUCUUGCACUGAUAGAUAUAUUUAAAGAGGUUUAUGUGUUUAUAGCAUUCAUUUGUAAAAAACAAAAUCUUCAUAAAAAAGGACAGUGUUCAUUUUUUUAUAGUUUCAGAAUAUGUAAAUUAAUUCUGAAAAAUAUGGUUAUUGAGAUGUUUUCAUUAUUGAAAAAGGUAUACAAAUUUCCUAUAGUAAAGUUCCCAUUUACCUGAUUGAUUAUCUUUGGUUUUGUAUUGUCAUUCCAAAUUUGUGCUAAUUUGUUUUGUCUUAUUAUUUUAUUUUAUUUUUUUUUUACACAAGAAGAAGGGGAGAAACUUUUAUUUUCAAUACUGAUUCUGUAAUUGCUGUUGUAGGAAGAAGAACCUGAAUAAAACAGCAAGGCCUUAAAAAAAGUCAA